UUGAUGAGUGUAGUGAAGCAGAUGGUCACUAAAGUUAGCUGAAAAAGGUUAGCCAGAUUGCUAACCUAAAACAACUUUUACUGUCACGUUAUAAAAACAUGACAGACGCGGAACUACUUUGACUUCACCUUGGCGGAGUAUAAUCUAUGGUUGCUGUGUCACUUAGUAGGUCUUUGCCAAGAAGUUUCCACAUGCUUUGACCCGACCUGCCAGGAAGUGCUUUCACUUUCACACACAGACAGACUUCUGCUGAGCCCCUCUCUCUCAGUCCAAGUACUGCAUGCACACAAUCUCCAACACUCACUGACCAGCUACAGCAAACAUACACAAACCUAAGCUAACCCUUCUAAGCUAGGGAUACCAACACAGCUACUGGAACAAACAACACACAUAUCGCCACCCCCCCUUCUGCUACCUCUUCUGCUUUUCCGUGCUCCUCCCCUCUACAUAACUCUGGAGCAAUGCAAGCGUCUCUGCUCUUGCUGAAUUAUGAAUCAUGCAAACCACACUGAGGACCUCCAUCGCUCUCCCACUGAGCUCCUGAACCGUGCAACUGGUCACAUCUCAGCUUGAUGGCCAUAGGAUAACAUGUAUGGCCAUUUGUUUUUUUCAUCACAUAUAUCUUUUUGACCCAUUCUGAUUUUACUGAUGACUCCUGCCUACUCUUCAAUUAUUUGCAAUUCAUUGGCUUUCAACCCAGAAGGUGCUGACCCCCAGACAUGCUAUUUAAUAUGAAUAAUAUGUCUGGAUAUCUUAGCAGACACUGUGAAUGAUCAAGAUGAAACGGAUGGACAAUUGUCAACUUUCAACUUGUUGUAUUUAUAUUUAAUAACAUUGAACAGUUCUGCUCCAAGUAUUGAAAAUAGUAGAAAUACAUAUUUGUACACUAAUAUAAGCCAUUCAACAAAGUAAACCCAUUACCAGACUGUAAUGGGAGGAAAAGCAGAGGAGAGGGGGGCAUAUGGCCUUCCAGAGUGGAGGAAACCCAGGGAAGAAGCAGAAGAGAGUGACAGCGAGAAGGAUGUGGGCAGAGUUAUGCGCAUCCCUCUGCAUCGCUGGGUGAUGCACGGAGCAGUGAUGUUCGGACGGGAAUUCUGCUACGCCAUGGAAACCGCCCUGGUUACGCCAGUGCUGCUGCAGAUAGGUCUCCCCGAGCAAUAUUACAGCUUAACCUGGUUCCUCAGUCCUAUCCUGGGUCUCCUCCUCACGCCUGUGAUUGGCUCAGCCAGUGACCGGUGUACUCUGCGAAUCGGCCGGAGAAGACCAUUCAUUCUGGCCCUGUGUGUAGGCGUGCUGCUGGGAGUGGCACUCUUCUUAAAUGGAUCAGUAAUAGGCCUUUCCCUUGGUGAUACUCCCGGCAGCCAGCCAAUCGGCAUCGUCCUCACUGUGUUAGGUGUGGUGGUGCUGGACUUCAGUGCGGAUGCUUCCGAGGGACCAAUCAGAGCGUACCUCCUGGAUGUUGCUGAUACUGACGAGCAAGAUAUGGCUCUGAAUAUUCAUGCCUUCUCUGCUGGACUGGGCGGGGCAGUGGGCUACAUGCUGGGAGGUCUAGACUGGACUGGCACAGCUCUGGGCCAAGCAUUUAAAGAACAGGAACAGGUGCUCUUCCUGUUCGCAGGCAUCAUCUUUAUUAUCUCUGUCACUCUGCACAUGUUCAGUAUCCCCGAGCAAUCUUUCGCUCCGUCCGACCGGCUUAAAGUCACAGGAAGGGCGGUGUCCACCAGUCAGUUGUCUUUGAGGCCUGUUGGUCACUCGGCACCUUUCCUUGAUGUGAUAGCGGAGGAGGAUGCUUCUGCUCGAGCGUCUUCCCGGCAGGACAACGAAUCAGAUUCCGAGGAAGAUGACAUGGACUUCCUGACUGUGGAAAGAGUGCGGAGUAAAAGCGACUCAGUCUUAGCCAUGCCAGACGCUACAAUCGAGAUGGAUUCUGAUCUCGAUCCAGACUCACAACAUUUCCUGACAGAGGUGCAUCGCUUUCUACCAGAGACGCAGGCAGAGCUACAAGAUACUUUUCAGCCAUCAGAUCACAUUAUUGGGACCCUUUCUCCUUCUGGUGGACCCCCUGACCUUACUGAUGGGAUGGUAGCCUCUAAAAAUCCAGCUCGUACUGAGUCGAAGGGUUCAACAAACAGCCCUCCUCCUCACCUUCAGAUACAUUCUGGGUCAGAGAACUCAAACCUAAAAAAACAGCAGGUCAAGGCUGUCAACGGUGCCAAUGCGAGCUUGUCCUCUUCUGACCAUUUCAGUGAAAUGAAAGACAACGCCCCCACUAAGCUGCUGACCAAGACCUCAGUUUCUUCACGCCCACACCCACACACCUUCUACAGACAGCCCUCCUUCACUUUUUCCUACUAUGGACGAGUGGGAUCACAGCGAUAUCGACUGCGAAAGGCAGUGCCCUUGAGCCCUCGGCCAAUCACCACCUCCCAGAGUCUGAAUGACCUGAGCGAGCUCCAUCGGCGUGCCGACCGGCGGGAGCUGUUGCUGUCAGCGAGCAGCCUCUCAUCGGAGGGCUCCAGCUCUGAGGGAGGACCAGACAAGGGCACGACUGUUCGGCUGCUCUGGUUAUCCAUGUUCAAGAUGCCGAGGCAGCUGUGGACAUUGUGUGUGUGUCACCUCCUCACAUGGUUCUCCAUUAUCGCUGAAGCUGUGUUUUACACUGAUUUCAUGGGGCAAGUCAUCUACCAUGGAGACCCAACGGCACCAUCCAAUUCCACAGAGCUACUCAACUAUCACAGAGGAGUGCAGAUGGGCUGCUGGGGGCUGGUGGUCUACGCUGCUACUGCUGCUGUCUGCUCUGCAAUCCUUCAGAAGUACCUGGAUAACUUUGAUCUGAGCAUUAAGAUUAUCUACAUUGUUGGAACUCUUGGAUUCUCAAUAGGAACGGCUUUCAUGGCGAUCUUCCCUAAUGUUUAUGUUGCCAUGGUGAUGAUCAGUAGCAUGGGCAUCAUCUCCAUGAGUAUCUCCUACUGUCCCUACGCAUUACUCGGGCAGUACCAUGAGAUCAAAGAGUACAUUCACCACAGCCCAGCAAACACAAGAAGAGGUUUUGGGAUUGACUGCGCUAUCUUGUCCUGCCAGGUCUAUGUCAGCCAGAUCUUGGUUGCAUCGGCCCUCGGCGCUGUGGUAGAUGCAGUUGGGAGUGUGCGUGUCAUUCCUGCAGUUGCCUCCGGGGGCGCCUUCCUCGGCUUCCUCACUGCCUGUUUCCUGGUCAUUUAUCCUGAUUUAGAGCCGAGCAGCUCAGAGACCAACCAGGCCUUGGUGGGUUUACCUGGAGAGCCAGAAGAAAAUGGAAAAAGGAACAGUGACCAGAGGUUGGCUCUGCUGAGCCUCACAGAUGGGGAAAGUUUGAAAAACACUGAGAAGGACACAGUUGCCUGAGCAUUAACAUGUCAAGCUCCACUAUGUGAGGAUUAUACCAAAUGUCUGUGCCUUUCUGAUGGAGGGAGUAUAUUGAAAAGAGAGAAAACAUGGCAGACCGUGUAUUCCCAUCUACAGAAAUGUAGGCUGGGUGGAUUUGAAUGGAGAAUCUUUUUUUGAGUAGAGGACUGACCAAAAGAAACAAUCUCAGUGUUGGGCUGCUAUGCCUGUCUUAUUGCUACCUCCUCCUUAAAACAAAUACAAGUUUGGAUGGCUAGAAGGAUAGAAGUGAGCCAUUAGUGAAUUGGUGAGACUGUUCAAACUAACUUAGCUCAGACUACUGAAACAAAUGUAAGCCUUCAUUGCGAAAACACAAAUGGGAAGCACGCAAAGCACUUUCUAUCUCACUUCAGAACACUAUUGUUAAACUGAUGCUGCAGAAUGACGGGAUUUGUGAUAUUUUAUUUCACAGAGGCUCCUCCAUUAGUGCUUAAUGGACAAUCAUAGUGCUGUGCAAGUGCGUGUGCAUUACAUGUAGACUGAAUACAGAUGUUCAUAUAUGUUUCAGUCUGUUAAGGGAAUACCUUUGAUGGAAGAUAGGUUUAUUAUUUUGUUAUUUAGGAAAUUGCCAGAAAGUUUCAAAACAACAUUCAAAGCCUUUUACAUUUGUUCAAGACCCAAAACCCUUUUUUCUAUUCACUUUUUGUAUUCAUUUUAUUAAUGCAUAGAAUGGUAGUGUGCAGUAUGAAGUGACCUUUUAUGACGUUUCUUUCUUAAUGCGAUACGACUAUGCCAUGAAACACAACACUUUGUUUUUUCAUAUUGUAGUAAGAAUUAAGCCAGCAGCUGUCAAUGUAUGUUUUGCUCUACUGUUGAGUGCAAUGAACAACAAAAGCAAUGCAAAGUCUAUCACAAUACAUUUUGCAUUGCAUUUUUGACCAAUAGUGUAACAUGGAUUCUAACUUUCUUUUGGGUUUCACUGGGAUUUGUUUUAGAGAUGGCAUUUGUUUAGCUUUUUCUUGAAUUAUAUCAAAACAUUUUUUUGUAAUAUACAUUCCAAAUACAGUUGAAAGGAGAAACACCAUCAUCAGGGUACAUACAGUAUAUAACAUCCAUUAGUUAGAGUGCCAAACCUAUCAUUUGACCUGACCUGAUGUACGCAGUGGUCAAAUAUCAAGAGGAAUAGCUGCCAUACUGCCAGGAUUCAGCUUCCUUUAGAAAAACUAACAUGUUUAGAAAUGGAGAAGGUCUGUAAAGGAUUAUUGUUAACAUUUAGCAGAAUGCAAGAUAAUGGUUAGCAUAGUCCCCAUUCUCAGUGUCACAAACAGUGCAGUGUGCAUAGUGUCAUCAUCUACAGAUGUUCAACCUUAAUUCAACAGUUUUUUGUAGCAUCUUCAGUAAACUUUGCCAGUUAGUAUACAUGUCCUGCUCAGCCUUAAGUCUACUUAUAAGAACAAUAUUUAUUUAUUUAGGAAGGUUUUAAGCUAUAUCGUCUACUCUAAAACAUGCGCUGCAUAUUGACGACUUAUAUGCAAGGCCACCGACUGAUCUAUGCAAACUUGACAUUUCCCUGACUGGGAUGUGGUGACCAAAUGAAACGUUUUAGA